AUAAAGAUCGAUAAUCUAGAGAAUCUAGCCUUUCUAGGAUAGGAAAGUCUAGAUCUAGUCUCUAUACUGACUAUACAUAGAUCUAUAGAACCUAGACUGCUUUGUUAUAGAUAUCUUGAAUAAAUGUAGACUAGAUCUGUAGAAUCUAAAUCGUUGGGUGACACUGCAGAAUAACUCAGGAUCCAGAAAUUGAGAGAGUGCUCAGCGAGUCUUAGGAGGAGGUAUGCCAGGCUCAAACAAUGUCAUUCUUCAGGAAGAAAAAGGGUGGAUCCACCAAGGACAGCAGUAGAAAAACUGAUUCAAAAAAUAAAAUGCCGCUGUUUCGCAGACAGAGUGAGAAGUGCCGUAAACGUCAGCAGGAUCAGGAACUACUGGCUCAACAAGAUCCUGAACCCAGAUUUGAUUUAUCCUCUUGUGAACUAGUUGAGGUGCCCUCAGGCGUCUAUGCUAUCUGCAAGGUCUUACAGAAACAGGUUCUCUUACUUCAUGACAAUUGGUUGCAUGGAUUAUCUGGUGGCGGAGACAUCACAGACCUGAGUCUUCUUACUGUUCUAGAUUUACACAGCAAUGAACUGAAAGUGUUACCAGAAGAGAUGGGAGCCUUAGUCAACUUAAAGAUAUUAGAUGUUUCUGACAACAAUUUAAAAGAUCUGCCCAAGUCUUUGUCUGAGAUUCCAUUUUUACAGACUUUAAAUUUAAGAAAGAAUAAAUUCAAAGUGUUCCCAGAGCCAGUGUUGAGACUGAAAUGUUUGAGAACCCUGGACAUAUCAUUGAAUGAGGUAGACACCCUGCCAGUCAAACUGUGUUAUGUCAAGGCUCUGGAGAUGCUUGUGUUAGAUGCAGAGAAUAUGAAGUUUCCAACACAAGAGAUUUGCAAGAAAAGUACAGCAGCCAUCAUGAUGUAUCUAUGUGGCCAAGCAGGAAUAGAAUUUGAGCAUCCAUCUAAAUAUUGGCUGAAAAUAGAAGCUGCCAACAAGGGACUUAAGUCAUCCACUAGUGAUAACUAUCUGAAUGUAGCAGAAAUAGAAGCUCAAAUGAUGGAAGGUGUUAAGGCAUAUCAAAAUGCACAGGAUCAGAAAAGGAAAGAUGUCGAGCGUUUGGAGAAAUUUCUUCAAUCCGAGAAUGAGGCUCAGGCGGAGCUAGCAGCGAAGGCAGCCUUUGAACAGCGUUUACUUUUGUCAUCUAUAACACAGUUCUCAGAUCAAGACUGCCAAGACUUGGUGGAUUUGAACAGCAGAAAGGAAAUGGAGAAGGAAGAGUUUGUGCAAUAUUUAAAUGAAAUUGAACAUGGUGCCAGUACUCUAUUGUCUAAGAUACUAGACUACAACAAGAAAACCAAGGAAACAGAGAAACUGAUGCAACAGAUGGAAGAAGAACGAAUGAGAGAAGAAGAUUGGCUGAAAGUUCGGUGGGAGGAGCUACAGAAUAUUAGAAAGAAUGAAAUUUUGAAUGACAUGAAGACAAUGUUGAUGGAGUUCGCUCUGAUGGAGUCGACAAGGCAAGAUGUGGAGCUGAUGAAAGGCGUGACUAUCAGAGAAGCCUUAGAUCAGGAAAACUUUGAAGUUGGCCAGAUGCACAGUCUAAUUCACUACAAGGAUCUAGAGAACAAGAAAAUGGUGGCCAAACUGGCAGAGGAAGAGGAACUCCAAAAGGCAGCGUUUGAAGCCUUGUUGAUAUCCCAAGAUAUGGUUCAUGCUCGAAUCAGGUCUCAGAUUGUUUUGAUUGAAUCUGAGUUGGCACAACUGACUGCGGUAGAGAUGGACAACAGAGCGAAACGCAUGCAGCAUGAAAUUAAUGUAGUGGCAGAGCAAAGAAUCGCAUUGUCAGCCAUGCUGUCCCAGUUAUUGGAAGAAUCAGAGAAAAGAAAAGCCGAACUGAAGAAGCGAUUGAUUGAAAUGGAAGAGCAGAGGGAAGAUGGUCAACAAGAUUAUUGGCUGGCUCAGUUCCAGAGGCUGCUAGAUUGGAAGCCUCAGUCCCUCAUUGACAAAGAGAGUCAGCUAGAGUUUGCUGUCAAGGACAUACUGAUUACCUCUGGGGCAGAAGAUUACAUUCCUCUAUUUGCUCGACACCGCAUCACCAUAGAGACUAUGAUGACCCUGUCAGAGGAUGACCUCAAACAGAUGGGUGUUCACGAGCUGGGUCUGAGAAAGGCUGUCCUGAAGAACAUUGCCUGCCAGCAGACGGGAGAGAAAACAGCCUUGGAGAAGGUUAGGGAGAAAACCAGAGAGAUGUUUGUACCAGUUCGCCCAGGUCUGCCUUCAGCUUCAACAGCAAUCCAACCAUCGGCUCCGAUAGCUUCUCCUGAUGGAUUGCCCUCUCUGCCAGACUCCCUACUGCAAAGGCAGUUGUCCGUCACGGCUAGAGGAUUGCAUUCUGAGUGUUCUAUUUGCCUUGAUAACCAGUCCAACAUUAUAUUCCUGACUUGCGGUCAUGUAUGUUGCUGUGCCACCUGUGCGACGCCGGUCAAGGAGUGUCCACUCUGCCGAGCACAGAUUUCAGCCAAGAUUCGAAUCAGUCUGCCUUCUACAUGAGUUUCAGCCAAAGUUGAGUUGACCUACUUGCCUACCGUUGUAAUUUUAUACUUGUAGCAUUUCACCUGACCUUUGACCUCCACUCAUAUGAGCUUGUCAGAUAUUGUAAUCAUCUUACGAAUAGAUUUAGAUGUCCUACUGGUUGAUUUAUUAACAAAUUGUAAAACUUGUAAUGUAUUUUAAGUAUAUUUUGGCUAUUCUGCUAACAGGUGCACCAAUUUAAUUAGGCUGCCUUGGUUUUUUUUAAAGCAUUGAUUUAUUGAUCAGCAUAAACUUACUCUGCAUGGACUGAUUAUCAAUCAGAUGAAACCAAAUGUGUACAAUCACAUACAUAGCACCCUAAACCUGGCUGUAUUUUUAGAGAUUUCAUGAAUUUUGAAAUACUAAAGCGCCAGUUUUUUUUCAUACAAAUCUAAAAAGUAUUUUAAAAAGAUAUUGAGUGCAAAGUAGUGGAUUGGUAGUGUGUAGACUACAAUAGCAUGCUGCUAGUUACUGAUUAGAUUAUUUAGAAUGAAUUGUAACCAUUUGCUUGAUUAAGGAUAAGCUUUUUAAACAAACAAAUGCGUAUGUUUAAUCUUACCAUAGGUUAAUUGAAACUUUGACCAGAUCAAAAGAUUUUUCUUUUUUUCAAAGUCUCAGCUCAUUAUCACUAGAAGACUGCGCAUUCACUUGAGUUCAUAUUGACAAGAGUUGAUUUGUUUUAACUUGGUUUGAGACGAUGACAUCAUUCCAGCUGAAAAAAAGGUCUUUUAGCUUCAUUCCAUGUCACCCUCAAGUUUUACUCCUAUUUCCUUCGGUUCAUUGGUCCAACAGUUUUUUUUUUAUUUAUUUAGCUAGAUACAACUUGACACAUGAAUUGAAAAUAGAAUUAAAAGCCUUACUAUAUUGACUGGAAGCCAUUUGUGUAUAAUUAAAACAUCUACUUUGAUUAUAUAACUUUGUAGUCUGUCAUUUGAGUUUGAAAACAUACCGAAUGAAAAGGGUUAUAUCUUUCUUUAAGCCUUAUCUAUUUUCUGUGUUCUAAUUAAAUUGUUCGUUACGUUGGACUUUGUUACAGAGUCUAGAGAUUUUUGUGUUUUAUUUAUUCUUAUUUUAUGAUUUUAGUUAAGCCAAAUUUUGUUUUGAAUUUCCUUUUAAUUGUAGUACACUUUAAGUGAUUGUUUACCAAAUUGAGGGUUUAUAGACAGCAGCAACUUUGGAUGUAUAGAAAUUUAUACUGCGGACACUUUGUAAGGUUUGACUUUAUGUAUUGAUUGUUGGAUCUAGGUUCCGCUGUGUUCCAAUGGUCGACAAACAAUUUGGUACUGAAACCGUUAAGUUAUAUCUUUUUUUUAGUUUUCUGAUGUGAAGAGGUUCAUUCUGGUACCAGUACUUAAAAAAAUGAUUUGGUUAUGAUUCGGUUGAAUUCAUUAUGUGUUGACAUUGACUUUUGAGAUUAAUAUUAUUUGUUAUAUUAAUAUUAUUUGUAAAAAAUGUACUAUUGGUCGUCAUAAGUUAUUCAAAUGUUUUUUAUGUAUUCUGCAAUAAUCUGGGUUUUACUAAGUUUUUAAUGUUUUCAUGGAUUUCAUUCAAACUUGUCUCAGUCAAACAAAGUUCAUUGUGCUCAUAAAGUUAAGAUCCCCUUUCAGACCCUGGUAGAUGAUGUUAAGGUCAUUUGUUUUCGUUGGACAAUGGUUAACGAGCUGGGUAUAAUGCAGCCAACACUACGACCAACCACCUUUACUUUUCUCAUUUAAAGUCAGGUACCCAAUAGAGCUGGGUGGACUCUGGGGUGCCCUAAAGAUCCUGAAAUUCCAAAUCCCAGUCUUCACUGAGAAUCCAACUUAGGACCCCUGGUUCAGAAGCUAAGCGCUUAACCACUCAGCCAACAUACCUCCAUACAUUGUGACCAUUGUUGAAAACAAAAAAUAUUAGUUUGUAUUCAUUGCUCGUACAUGCAACAUAAACUAUUGACUAAACAGAUACAAAGAUAACAAGUUAAAUGCUUAGAGAUACAAGAGUCUAAGAAAACAUCUAUCAGUGGUUUUCAAUUAGCAUCACCAGUAUUGAGAAAACAUUUACAGAUUAUAGGUCACAUUAUUGUUUUUUUUUCUUCCUAAUUGAGAUGACUGUGAUGUGGAAUUUUGCCCUUAAAACAAUGCUUAUGUUGUAUGAUCUUAUUCCCAACUAUCUAGGUUCUAGAAGUUUUAUCUUCUAUUUGUAAAAUGAACUUUUAUCUUUGAACUUGUUUGAAUUAAAAUUUAUCCAUCAAAUUCAUUAGACAACUUGAAUAGGUUUUUCUUUCUUUCUUUAAAUCAAUAAGAUUUAUCUUUAGAUCAACAGUAGUCUUUCUUUAGAUCAACAGUAGUCAUUCUUUAGAUCCGAAGUAUCUAUCUUGAAAUUAAUAGUAUCUAGUGACAUUUUUGGUUACUUGAUAAGUAAGAGCUUUCCUGGCCACCUAGUGCUUACUUAGAGACAGGUUGUCCCUGUUUUCGCUUUCCUCUUUUCGACUUCCUAUGGCUGACUUUGGUAAAUGUGUUUCGUCUUGUCUAAGGAUAUGUCCUGCGAAUCUCAUACAACGUUCGGUUGCCACUUCACUUAGAGGGCGACUGCCUGUGCAGGAAAGGCUUUCUUAAUUGGUGACAUGAAGUUGGUAUGUUAUUCCAAGGAUCUUUCUCAGCCAUCGCUGAUGAGCCAAGUGCAGCCUCUUUUCGACCUUUGUGGAUGACUUUCGUGUCUCUAAAGCAUAGGUGGAUCUAUGAUGUCGAAGGAUCAGGACAAAUAGUCGCGGGAUGACAUAUUUUCUUGCCAUUUUCCAGAGUGACGCUAUAGAAUGCUCUUUUUUUAAAUCCACAAAACUGAUCAUCAUCUUUGGUUUGUAUUCCAGGCUUUGCUCGAGGAUGUUUUACAGGAAGCAGCAGAGCUUGAUCUACAGGUACCUCUGUGGAAGCCUGCUUGCUUGAUUUUCUCUUAGUUUUUAAUCUGUGACCUGUUGUUGUCAUGCAAAUGAGGCUAACUUUUAAAAAAAAAGCUAAAUUAGCUAUUUUUUAAGUUUCUCUUUUCUAAGUGAUUGUUUUUGGAUAUUUUAUUCAUCACUAAAAAAAAAUGUUGUUUUCUAAACAUUAAGAAUGGACUUAGCAAAAUUUUGCUCUGAAUUUAAGAGAAAUUGUUUACUCUGCCACUUCAAUGUCUCUUGUUAAAUAAACAUUUUCUCAAUAGAUUUAUAUAUCCUCGAUGUACUAUUUUAUUUAUUUUGCUCUGAAUUUAAGAGAAAUUGUUUACUCUGCCACUUCAAUGUCUCUUGUUAAAUAAACAUUUUCUCAAUAGAUUUAUAUAUCCUCGAUGUACUAUUUUAUUUAUUUUGCUCUGAAUUUAAGAGAAAUUGUUUACUCUGCCACUUCAAUGUCUCUUGUUAAAUAAACAUUUUCUCAAUAGAUUUAUAUAUCCUCGAUGUACUAUUUUAUUUAUUUUGCUCUGAAUUUAAGAGAAAUUGUUUACUCUGCCACUUCAAUGUCUCUUGUUAAAUAAACAUUUUCUCAAUAGAUUUAUAUAUCCUCGAUGUACUAUUUUAUUUAUUUUGCUCUGAAUUUAAGAGAAAUUGUUUACUCUGCCACUUCAAUGUCUCUUGUUAAAUAAACAUUUUCUCAAUAGAUUUAUAUAUCCUCGAUGUACUAUUUUAUUUAUUUUGCUCUGAAUUUAAGAGAAAUUGUUUACUCUGCCACUUCAAUGUCUCUUGUUAAAUAAACAUUUUCUCAAUAGAUUUAUAUAUCCUCGAUGUACUAUUUUAUUUAUUUUGCUCUGAAUUUAAGAGAAAUUGUUUACUCUGCCACUUCAAUGUCUCUUGUUAAAUAAACAUUUUCUCAAUAGAUUUAUAUAUCCUCGAUGUACUAUUUUAUUUAUUUUGCUCUGAAUUUAAGAGAAAUUGUUUACUCUGCCACUUCAAUGUCUCUUGUUAAAUAAACAUUUUCUCAAUAGAUUUAUAUAUCCUCGAUGUACUAUUUUAUUUAUUUUGCUCUGAAUUUAAGAGAAAUUGUUUACUCUGCCACUUCAAUGUCUCUUGUUAAAUAAACAUUUUCUCAAUAGAUUUAUAUAUCCUCGAUGUACUAUUUUAUUUAUUUUGCUCUGAAUUUAAGAGAAAUUGUUUACUCUGCCACUUCAAUGUCUCUUGUUAAAUAAACAUUUUCUCAAUAGAUUUAUAUAUCCUCGAUGUACUAUUUUAUUUAUUUUGCUCUGAAUUUAAGAGAAAUUGUUUACUCUGCCACUUCAAUGUCUCUUGUUAAAUAAACAUUUUCUCAAUAGAUUUAUAUAUCCUCGAUGUACUAUUUUAUUUAUUUUGCUCUGAAUUUAAGAGAAAUUGUUUACUCUGCCACUUCAAUGUCUCUUGUUAAAUAAACAUUUUCUCAAUAGAUUUAUAUAUCCUCGAUGUACUAUUUUAUUUAUUUUGCUCUGAAUUUAAGAGAAAUUGUUUACUCUGCCACUUCAAUGUCUCUUGUUAAAUAAACAUUUUCUCAAUAGAUUUAUAUAUCCUCGAUGUACUAUUUUAUUUAUUUUGCUCUGAAUUUAAGAGAAAUUGUUUACUCUGCCACUUCAAUGUCUCUUGUUAAAUAAACAUUUUCUCAAUAGAUUUAUAUAUCCUCGAUGUACUAUUUUAUUUAUUUUGCUCUGAAUUUAAGAGAAAUUGUUUACUCUGCCACUUCAAUGUCUCUUGUUAAAUAAACAUUUUCUCAAUAGAUUUAUAUAUCCUCGAUGUACUAUUUUAUUUAUUUUGCUCUGAAUUUAAGAGAAAUUGUUUACUCUGCCACUUCAAUGUCUCUUGUUAAAUAAACAUUUUCUCAAUAGAUUUAUAUAUCCUCGAUGUACUAUUUUAUUUAUUUUGCUCUGAAUUUAAGAGAAAUUGUUUACUCUGCCACUUCAAUGUCUCUUGUUAAAUAAACAUUUUCUCAAUAGAUUUAUAUAUCCUCGAUGUACUAUUUUAUUUAGCCUGGCCAAGUUUAUAUUAGCUCUAAAGUACCCAUUAUAGAAAAACUUUGUCUCUCAUAUCACAAGGGUGAAAUGAAAACUUUCUGAACAGUAUUAUUUAUAACAUAUAUCAUUGAAUCUUAAUUAAUAUGCAAACCAAAACAAACCCAGACACUUCAGUUUCUGAACAUACUAUCAUAUUAAACAUUAUCCACAUAUUUAUUGUCAAGAAAAAAAAUUAAACAUGGAUUUGACUGUUUCUUAUGUUAAUCACUCAGUUUGGCUGUGAUUUUGUAUUGUCUCCCUUUAUUUAUCUAUUUGUAUACAAUUAUUCCCCUUGACAACUGACUUUCAUUUGACUUGGGGCUCACAUUUCACAUGUAUAUUAUUUAUCAAACUUGUUAUCCUGUAGUUUUAGUAGAUUUUUUCUUUACAACAGCUCAUAACUUGUAAAUUAAUUAUCAUGUUUGUGUAGAGAGAAAUUAUUCUUUUUAACGACACAGGUAAUGUCUAAAUCCAAGUUGUAAAUUUAGUUUGCCGUUUAUGAAUAUAAAAGAAUAUAUUUGUCUCCUAGCUCAAGCUCAAACAAUAAGAAUUCCAUUCAUCAUCUUUAACUUGAACCUAACUAAAGGAAUUUGUAGUCAUUAAUUAGCAUAUGGUGUUAGCCACCAUUGUUUCAAUCUCUCAGUGUAGGGUUAGAAUUUAAAUUUAUAAUUGUAAAAUGUGGGUAGGAAAUCUAAAACAGGUGAUGAGUGCUGGAUGGGUGAGUGCUGGAUGGGGAUGGGUAAGUGCUGGAUGGGUGAGUGCUGGAUGGAUGAGUGCUGGUUGGAUGAGUGUUGCUGGAUGGAUGACUGCUGGAUGGGUGAGUGCUGGAUGGAUGAGUGCUGGAUGGAUGAUUGCUGGAUGGGUGAGUGCUGGAGGAUGGGUGAGUGCUGGAGGAUGGGUGAGUGCUGGAUGGGUGAGUGCUGGAUGGAUGAGUGCUGGAUGGAUGAUUGCUGGAUGGGUGAGUGCUGGAGGAUGGGUGAGUGCUGGAGGAUGGGUGAGUGCUGGAGGAUGGGUGAGUGCUGGAUGGAUGAGUGCUGGAUGGGUGAGUGCUGGAUGGGUGAGUGCUGGAUGGGUGAGUGCUGGAUGGGUGAGUGCUGAAUGGAUGAGUGCUGGAUGGGUGAUUGCUGGAUGGAUGAGUGAUGGAUGGGUGAGUGCUGGAUGGAUGAGUGAUGGAUGAGUGCUGGAUGGGUGAGUGCUGGAUGGGUGAGUGCUGGAUGGAUGAGUGAUGGAUGGGUGAGUGCUGGAUGGAUGAGUGAUGGAUGGGUGCUGGAUGGAUGAGUGAUGGAUGGAUGAGUGAUGGAUGUCCUUUUCAUGGAAACAAGUUACACUUCUUAUAACAUGGCAGUAAGUUUGUGUCCAUGGGUUCAUGGCAUUGGAAUAGGUUCAGCUGGUAGGUGCCCUGACAUGGCUUUUGGUUCAAGGCAUUGUAAUAGGUUCAGCUUAUUCUAGCUCUGACAUGGCAUUGGGUUAAUUGCAUUGUAAUAUGAAUGUUAUCUGCCAUCAAAAGUCUGAAGAGAUCAAAACUUCUUUGAAAUUUUCCUUGACAUUAGCGGGGUACACUGUAAGAAGCAACCUGUACAAAAUCAAUGUGUUCUCUUGCCAGAGUCAAUCAAAAUAUAAAGAAGUUUUUUUUGUUUCUGUUUGUAGAGAGUGUAUGUACUUCUAUCUUAUUAGUGUCUGCCUUUAAUUGAAACUUUUUAUUAAAGGAGGAUUGUCACCCCUGUUGUCUUAGUUGUGCACCAAAUACAAGUGCAAUAUUGCCUAAGCACAAAGACAGAACGAUCUCUUCCCCAAAUGUUGUUCUCAUUGCUGUGUACAGUUCAAUGAUUCACAGACAUUCACAUUAGAAAUACUUUGUAUGUACAAGCAGCUCAAACUGAUACAGGGGUAAUUAAAAGAUUUAUGCGAAUCUACAAACAGUUGUUCUAAUUCAGUUCAGAGAACACUUUUAUUCAUGAUUGAUUAUAAAAAGGUGUACAUGUCCUUGCAUAUGGAACAUCAAUGAAUUUUUCACUUCAUUUGUUAGCAUUAGUAUUUAGUGCAGAACUCUUUGUUAAUGCACAAGUCUUGGAGGUACUAUCUAGAUUCUCUGAGACUGAUCCCACAGUAAAAUUAAAAGUACUCCAACUCAAGAUUCAAUAAGGUAAUUAGAAUAGGAAAUAAUCCUCCAAUCAGAUGGGUCAAUGUAUACAAAGAUAUAUUGAAACGUAAUUUCUGUUUGAACAGUUUGUCCAACUAUUUAUUAUAUCUCAAUGUUUCUGUUUGUUUUGAAAGUGUUUUGAUUCUAUUUCCUGUUCCAAUGUUUUCUUUUGUAACAGCACUUUGAUGUCUCACUUGUUUUUGUUUUUUUUUUACUUUGUACACAAGAAAUAAAUAAAAAAUGAAAAUUUUA